GCAGAUUACGUAAAAGGGUAACUGUACUCCUACUGGGGUAAUUAUGCGUAUCGUGCACUAACCUACAGUAUAGUGGCAAGGAUUUUAGAAUUGUUUAUUGCUUAGUUUAUCGAAACCUUCGAUUGAUGACAAUAACACAAACCUGGAAAUAAGUAAGCUAUUUCAAAUCUCGUUGUUUAAAGUCUAGCAUCAAAAAAUAGAGUUCAAUGAAUUUUCUAGGUUAUGUAAUCCCGUUAUACACUACCAGUAUCGAAAGGGUUGUAUAAAGUUUGGGUUUUUGAUUUUAUAUUUAAACCCACGUGUAUCAAUGUGUAUAUCUUGUAAAACCUGAAGUCAUUCAUAUUUGAGGAGUAUCGAUUCCGUUGGGCGUGUCCCUUUAUAAAACUACUAAAAGCAGAAUAUAUAGCUACAGGGUACACAAUACAUUUAUUAGUAAUAGAGGUUGAGAGAGUAAAAAGAUAUAGGUAAACCAACACCACCGGGUCACUAGGUUACUUCUCAGAUUAAAGAUUUGGCCAACAUGGCUAUCCAUAUACCAGGUCUUGCAGCUAUUUGUGUGUUUUAUAUCAUCAUCCUGGGUGUUGGAAUUUAUGCAGCAUGGAAAAAUAGUAGAAAUAAAAAGGCAGAUAGUGAAGAUUUAAUGCUUGCUGGUAGAAGUCUGGGACUGUGUAUUGGUAUUUUUACCAUGACAGCUUCGUGGGUAGGUGGUGGUUAUAUCAACGGUUCAGCUGAAGCGGUUGCUGAUUUGGGUAUUCUGUGGUGUCAAGCACCGAUUGGUUACUCUCUAAGUAUUGCCUGUGUGGGUGUAUUCUUUGCUGCCAAGUUGAGAGAGAAAUGCUACACGACAAUGUUGGAUCCAUUCCAAAUAAAAUAUGGCGAAUUCAUGGCAGCGUUCUUAUAUUUACCAGCUCUUUGUGGAGAGAUUUUUUGGACAGGUGCCAUUUUAAAUGCUCUAGGAGCAACGUUAUCUGUGAUAGUUGAUUUAGAUACUAAUACAUCUAUAAUAAUAUCAGCAGCCAUAGCUCUAUUAUAUACUAUGCUUGGAGGUCUAUAUUCUGUUGUGUACACUGAUGUAAUUCAGCUUGUAUGUAUUUUUGUUGGAUUGUGGUUAAGUGUACCAUUUGCUUUUACCCAUAAGUCAGUAGAAUCAGUAGGUACCAAUGCUACAGAGAAUUGGGUCAAGUCUGUUGAUACUGCUGAUAUAGGUGUGUAUAUAGAUGCAUAUCUACUGUAUAUAUUUGGUGGUGUACCGUGGCAGGUCAUCAUACAGCGAGUUUUAUCUUCACGUACUGUAAAAAUUGCUACUACCCUCACCUAUGUAGCAGCUUUUGGGUGUUUUACCAUGGCUGUACCCGCAGUUUUAAUUGGUAUUGCUGGUGCCUCAGCAGACUGGAAUCAGACAAGUUAUCCCAAACCAGAAGAAAUACCUGAGAAAUGGAGUAUGAUACUACCAUUAGUCUUAAGGUAUCUCUGCCCUGAUUGGGUGGCAUUCAUUGGUCUUGGUGCUGUAUCGGCUGCUGUUAUGUCAUCUACCGAUUCUGCCAUUCUUUCAUCAAGUACCAUGUUCGCCAGGAACGUGUUUGGUGCCAUUUGGUUUAAAGUUACUGGUAGGAAAGUUUCAGAAACCGCUACAAUAUGGGUGAUGAGGAUAUCCCAGAUAGCAAUUGCUAUUUUAGCCACCGCCUUGGCAAUCACUGUUAAAUCUGUCUAUUAUUUAUUUUAUUUAUGUUCGGAUAUAGUCUAUGUCAUAUUAUAUCCCCAGUUUGUAUGUGUUGUAUACUAUCCAUUAUCUAAUACCUAUGGCGCUGUAUGCGGCAUUAUUUUAGCAUCCCUUAUCCGUUUUCUUGGAGGGGAACAGAGCAUGGGAUUCCAACCAAUUGUUGAGUUCCCAUGGUAUUCGAAAGAACGAGGACAGUUAUUUCCCUUUAAAACAUUAGCUGCACUUGCAGCAUUUGCCGGCAUCAUACUCGUCUCCAAACUAACUGAUUUCCUGUAUGAAAAGGGGUAUUUCAGUGAAAAGGUGGAUAUAUUCCGAUGCUUCUAUAACAAGGCAAAAACAGGAAUAGAACUAAAAGAUAGAUCAACUGGCAAAUCUGGACAAAACAACCCAGGCUUUCAUCCUGAUUUACCCUCCGGAAACAGAAAGAAAUAUAUCAUUUCUCACGAUUAAUGAAAUAAACUUUUUCAUCACACUAAUUGUUGAUUAUGCAUAUAUAUUAACCAUUUAAACCCCGUUUCUUGUAAUAUUAUUUAACAAUGUCCAUUGUUUAUCUCUUUGUCUAUAA